CUUUUGAUAGAGAUGUUACAUCGGUUUUUAUACUUAUGAACAACCAAAAAGAAACUCCCAUGCUUCCUCUCCAAUUCACAAUAUUCCCUUCAAAUAUAUAAUACUUUCUGGUAACAAGGACUAUACAAAAUCUUUUUAAAACGAACACAUGAUACUUCAUCUAAUUCUCACUCAACAAUACGUUUAGUUUAUAGGCAUGAGAGCCUCACCAAAUUAUUUUUCUGGUUCGUAAAACUCGAGCCUAAUAACUCUAUUUAAAAGGAACCAAACUCCUUACCACGUACUCUAACAAAAGUGUUGUCACAUACGGAACAUCCAUUUUUCCAUAUAUCUUGAAAAUCAUUGGAAAGGGUCCACCUGAAAUAUGGGAAUGUUGAAGCAAAACUCAUGUCAUGUUGUACUACUACUCAUCUUGUUCAUAACUAUAAGCCUCAAUGAACACUACUGCUACCUUGGAUUCAGAGGAGCUUCGGCUGCUUCAAUUAUAGAUGGGGAAUGGUUUCCCGGUGGCAAUCAAGACGAUUUCGGGGGCGGGGAAAUAUUGCUCAGCCGUAACAAUGCUGCCGGAGGUAGGUUGCUGCUACAAUCAGACUCCUCAAUUUCCUACAAAGCUCUUCAGCCAGGACCAGUUUGUGGUACGGCUCAGUAUUCUAAUUGCAUAGUUUCCGGCAAUAGCGGUGGGGGAUGCUCCGGCGACUACAACCGUUGCAAGCGUGCCGUCUUAGCUUCGGAUUCCAAGACGUUUUGACAACAUUGUCAUCUCCUUCUCUUAAUUUCAUAUGCAUGGUUAUUUUUUCAGUUAUUAUUGGUUUUUUUUAAAGAAGUGUAUUUUGUCUCGUGUCCAAACUCAAGUAUAAGACCAUCACGUGUCUCCGCUGGUGAGCAUUUGAAUAUGACUGGCGUGUUAUCUAUUGAGUUUUUCCAUCCUUAAGCUUAAAUUGCACCAUUUCAAUCGUCAGAGAGAUCAUCUGCUAUAUAGAUAUAUCAUAGCGCAGGGAGUAACGUUUUUUUUUUUUUUUUAAUCUUGUAAUUUGAGAGAGUUAAUAGAGAGAUUGGAAAAUGAUUUAUUUUCUACAGAACAACAAUGGUCGAUGAAUUCAGAGCUUUUUCUUGUUGGUAAACGGUGUACGUUAUAACUUAUAAUGCAUAAAAAAUCAGUGUCACAAUUCACAGAACUUCAAGACUUGAUAUUCACAAUUUGCCUGUUAAUCCGAUCACUUCUAAU